CAUCGGAGCGAAGGCAGAGCUUCAUGUCAGUCUGCAGCAGAGCUGUCACCGAUCACUGCCGCUAUGAGCAGCGCCGCGCAGUGCUGCGCUCUCAAGGAGCUGCGCUCCCUCAUGUUCAGCCUGGUCGUCUCCGGCCUCUCGCUCACGCUGCUGCUCUUCACCUACAGGUCAGACCUGACCUUCCAGGCCGUCAAUCCUCCAGAGUUUCAAACUUCAGCCCGGCCGACGGAGCCUUGCAUCACGACUGCAGGAAUGACAGUUAUCAGAGGACAAACAGCCCAGCUGCUGAGAAUAAACGGCUCCAGGACUCUCCUCACAUCCGCUUACCUGGAGCAUCGCACCAAAAGGAAGGAGGUUCGGAUUAUUGCCAUAAUGCUGCGCAGUGAGAGAGUGAAGCUCCACUGCCACCUCCACUGCCGCCACCAGCUGCACGUCUCCAGCGCCGCCGUCCGGAUCCACAGGGACCACUUCCGCUUCCGCUUCGGCACGGCGGACAUCUUGUGUCCCGUCCCCUCAGGAUGCGAGACGCCUGGUUACGUCGCCGUCACCUCGGCUGCCACCAAGGACGAAGAAAUUGAUAAUCUUGAGUUUCUGGAGGUUGGAAAUCAAAUCGAACAGACGACCUUUCCUUACAACUUCACCUGCUGCUUCUCCGCCAUGUACGACUUCACCAACGUCCUGCAGCUGGUGCAGAGUCUGGAGAUGCUUCAGUUUCUGGGAGUCAACAGAGUCGUCGUCUACAAGACCAACUGCAGCGCCGACGUGCAGCGAGUUCUGGACCACUACUCAGAAAAAGGUCUAGUGGAGGUGAUUCCUUGGUCGCUGUCCAAGUACCUGAAUGUUUCUCGAAAAGCUUCUCCUCAGCAAAGUCCUGGUGACAUCCACUACUUCGGUCAGAUCCCGGCGCUCAACGACUGCCUGUACAGAUCCAUGUACCGGUCCAGAUACGUGGCGCUGCACGACCCGGACGAGCUCAUCCUGCCGCAGACGGUCGACAGCUGGAUGGAGUUGCUGCCGCUGCUGAAAAAUAAGUACGGCGCUGACAGGUGUUACACCUUUGAGAAUAACUGGAUCCCCAUGGAGUUUGAGUUGCCGCCUCCGAAGCCCAACGCUCUGCCUGCAGUGGACCAGUGGCAGAACGUAUCGGGGGUCAACAUCCUGGCUCACCUCUACAGAGAACCCUUCAUCCCCAGGAGAAGGAAGCACAACGCCAAGAUCAUCGUCAACCCCAGAGCGGUGUUUGCCACGUCUGUCCAUGGAGUCCUACAGCCACAGAAAUCCUGCAUCUGGGUUGACAGGAAGUUAGCCCGGAUGUACCACAUAAAACCUCGAGGACCGCCCAAACACAAGGAGAAGCAGCUGAUAUAUGAGGGCAGACUGCUGGGCUACAGCGGCCAUCUUAUUCCUGCUGUCAACGCUGUUCUCAAACAGACCGGACUUCUACCUGAGGCAGCGUGAACUGGACUCCGGAUCUCACAAUGUUUACUGAAAGCCGCCAAGACCUGCAGGCAGAAAUGAUUUCACACAACAAGGUCUGGAAAUGUGAAGCUCCUCCUGACAUAUCACGUCAUUUUACCUCGACUGCUCAGCCAUGACCAGCUGUGACUGUGUUGAACUAAUGGUUUUAUUGUCUUUAUUUCCUAUAAGACUUUGUGUGGAAAGUGCUUGAGUUAAAAUGAAGGCCAGAGCAGAUUUCUGCUGCUGCAAAACAUAAACAGAAGUUAGUUUCUCACAAAAGACUUAAUUCUUGUGCAUAAAACAUUUUACUGAGAUCGAUGCCUGUGUUUCAGUCUGUCACUUUAAUUUAGAAUAAUAUUCUAAUAAACCUGACAGUGAUUUUCAUCUUUAA